AUGACCAGUGCUGUUGGUAAACGUUUGGAUGAAGUGAUUCACUUUGACUUUUCGAAACCGCACGAUGAGAAAGUUCGUGCUAAACUCACUGUUCAGUUGUGCUCUCAAUUCUUGGAGCCAUUAACGGCUGAAAUUGAGAAGAAAGGAGAAGAAGAGUCUGUUGAUGAAGAAGAAGAAAUGAAGGAUGAACUCGAUAUUAUGGGACAAAUGAACAAGUUUUUGGGGAGCCCAGAAUCAGAGAAAUUCUUCAAACGUCGUAAUCUGAAGUGCAAUGCAGUUCUUCCAUUCAUCAGCUGCAAUCCUCUUUCGGAUUGGGAGAAACGUGACGUCUCUGUAGUUGCUUCAUUCGGAUUCCCAAAUAAAGUUCCAGUUCGAUUGCUGGCUCGUAGGAGGAGCAAUAAGAUUCUCGAUAUUUUCAUUGAUCAAAUCAAACAAAUGUUCCCCCAACAUGAAGUCACUGAUAUCGAGCACAAUGAUGCAGCCAAGGUUCCAUAUCUUUUGUGCAACGUGGAUAACUGCUCUGUAAUUAUCAGAAUCUCAAUCAAACCGUUUUGUGGACCACAGUACUUGGCCAAAGAUGUCGUCGAGAUGUACAGAAAAAAAGACGAUAGAUUCAUUGCUCUUGCCAACUACUUCCACAGCUUUUUGAAAGCAAAAGCUAUCAAGAAAGGAGAUCAGAGAAAAGCGAAAUCUGUGAUUCCAAAACUGUGUACUCUCAAAAUGAUGUUUGUCCACUUGUUCAAACAUUAUGGACUUCUUCCAGCAGAUAUAAACUCUUUGGAAGGAAUGAUGUCAUCACUCAGUGUCGAAGACAGUCAAUCGAUCAGUCUUGGAACUCUCUUCUUCCUUUUCCUCGACUACUAUCUUGAUGUGAUUUCUCUCGAAGAAGAUUUCCUUGAGAUUUCAACAGGAGAAUCGAUUCAAAAGAUGAGCAUCGGACUAACAAAUCUCAAUAUUCUCUCCAUCAGUGACAUCUUCGACGAUCAUAUUCCAGGAGAAAGAGUCAACGACACUUUGAUCUUCAAAAAGAUUCUCAAAGCAUCCUUCCUAUGCAUCGAGAAGCAUCUGAACACUCGUACCGGAGAUAUUCUCAACGACUUACGAGUCAUUCCACUUCGUCCAAAACAUAUCACUUUGUAA